GAUCGUAAGUUAACACAAUUGUGUACAAAUAUGAUUAAAGUGAUAUUUUUCUGCGUUUUUGUUCUUGUGCAGGCGCAUCAUGGUAAAAUACAAGAUGAAGGCGAAAUGCAAUCAGCGCUUAUGCCUCAAGAAUUAAAUCCAGAAUUCAUUUCUGAUAAGGAUACUCCACUUCGAGCAAUAUUUCCCCUACGACUGCGUCGGGAUCUUUACGACUCAUCACCAGCACACGAAACUACAACCACCUUUAAGACAUACAGCCGUGUUAUCACUUGUGUCGUUCUGGCCGUAUCGGCUCUUAUAGAGAUCAUUGUUUAUAUAAUUGAGACCUGGAUGGUAUAAAUAAAGAAAUAUC